AGUGGGGGCCCGAGCAUGCCAUUGGGCCCCCUGGCCACUCGGCGGCGCGCCUGCAGGUGGGUCAGGGAGACGGCUAUCCGUCGAGACAGCCGGUCAGGGAAGAGCGGCGGGCCCGGUGCGCGGCCCUCGGCGGGCGCCGGCGGGUGCAUCGUCGGCGUCGCCGUGUGCCCCGCCAUGUCCGGGCGCCGCGCAGCCAUGGCGGUGGGCGCCGGCGGCCAGGAUGACUGCUGCCUUCACGACUCUGAGGUUGGUACGGCUUGUUUUUCAGUGGAGACGGUAGCUGGUGCCAUGUGCCGCAAGCUGGCGGAGGAGUUGUUCGUUUCGGAGCGGCGUUUGAAAGAGAUGAAGGGCAAGGACGAAGUCGGCGCGUAUGGCUGGGAAGAGGUUGUUUUCGACUGGUGUCUCGUGCCUCUUUGCCUGCUGCUUGUCGUAUUCCUCAUCUGGUCCUGCUUGAGUCGCGUGUACGACAGGUUUGUCUCCAACAGCGAGGCCAGGCAGUCGUGGGUCGCGCUGUACACUGGCAGUUCCACCAGGACGGGGACACCCCAGCACCCCAGGUUCGUUGCCGCGCUGGAGUUCAUCCAGACCGUGCUCUCUCUACUGAUUGCGAUGCUGUUUAUAGAGAACACCCUAAAUCUGAGGGAGACUGCAAGUAUGCUGCUGUUCCACCAGUGUUCGAGCGUGUUCCUGACAUUCCACUUUUUAUUUCGCGGGCUUCAGAACGAGUUCCUGCUCAGGAGCUGUUUUGACAUCGAGGCGCUUGUGGACAUUUUGACCAUACCCGGGCUCGUGUACAAACGCCACAGUUGGCUGUCCCUGGACUACCUCCGCACUGUCUCGGCCCUGCGCGCGUACGUACGCCUCGAGAGGCUCCUGAAUCUUCACCUGAGCCUCGGGCCCGUCUCGCACGGACUGCUCCACAUGUUUUUGGAGCUCAUGUCUCUGGUGAUGUGCUUUGCUUGUUCAAUAUUUACGCUUGAGGUGCUGGGCGAAGUUCCUGGUAUGCAUGGGGCAUCCCUCACGACUGGCAUGGGAGAAAUCACCGUGUUCAGGAUGAUCUAUUGGAGUAUGGAGACCCUGACCACGGUGGGGUAUGGCGAGUACGUGCCAACAACUUUCUUGUCGAGGUUGUUGACGAUGAUCUGCAUGAUGGGAGGCCUCGUUUUUUUCGCCCAGCAGAUCGGCAAGAUGCAAGACAUCGUCGCCAGCGUGAAGUCCGGUUUUAGAGUUUUCAUGCCAGGCACGUCGAAGCACGUGGUCCUCAUGGGCGGCUGCGUGAGGCAGUUCGACUCGAACCUGCUGGGUGGGUUCUUAAACGAGAUAUACCACCCAAAGAACGAAAAGAGUUGGCCUGACAUUGCUGUCAUGGGCGCCGAGCAAAGCGACCUCAACCAGUUCCGCGCUGCUGUCGAGGACGGUUCGAAGUCAACGGGGGACAAGCUGACCACCUUGUGCACAGUAAGCUUCAAGCGGCACUUCCCAGGGGUGCCUUACCGGGUCGCGCUGCUGGAGGGGAAGUCUUUGGAGCGGGCCUAUGGGGCAGGCAUUCAGGGAAACAGAGUUUUUUCAAUCAACAUGUUCCGUGGGGCGCUGCUUUGUGAGUGCGCCCGUUGCCCCGGUUGGAGCACCAUGGUCGAGCAUUUUCUUACCACAUCUUCGCCGGUCUUAGAGCGCAUACCGAAGGAUUCAUGGCAGUACAAGUAUUUGCAGGGUCGCAGCAUGGGGAUCCAUGGUUUCUUGGCCGCCGACGACUUCUGCGGAAGGCCGGCAAACGAGUUUGUGAAGGAGGCGUAUCGGAGGGGGGGUGCGUGCAUCAUGGCACGCGCACGGCCUUACAGUGAAGGAGGCAGGCACAUGGAGUUGAUGCCAUCAUCGUCCGCAGACGAGCUUGUGACCAAGGAGACUAUAUACUGGGCGAUGUGCUCCAACAGUGAGCUACAGCUGCAAGGGAUCAGAAAGAAGGCGGACCCCCGCGACUGGAAGACCGAUUGGGAAGAGGUGUUCAAGAGGCAGAGAAAAGACGCAUUCAUUGCGAAGCAUGGCAGCGCGGAGUUCCGCCGCGAGUUGGAGGGCAAGUACAAGUCCCAGGGAUCGAGACACGCAAUGGGCCCAAACCAGUCUACCACGGUUGGUAGUCAUGAUGAUGGCCGUUCCCCAAUACGCAGCCACUCCGUGAAUCAGCAAGACGUUCUCGUCCGAUUCGGGGCGACCAUGGAUGAUCGAAGGAUGGAAAUCAUAGAGAAGCAGAAGGACAAAGGGCUCAAUUUUGUGCUCUUGCUGGAUUUCUCGGAGACGUGGGCGGAGGUGAUGGUCUUUCUGAAAACAUGCCGCCAACCACAUCUGCCUGCCAAGAUGCCCGUGAUUGUCCUGAGCAAGACGCCUUUGAGCGAGAAGGAUGUAGAACUGAUCGACUUUGUGAUGGAGCAUGACGACAUUGCGAUUUUCGAAGGGAAUCCAGAGGUGGAGAAGGACUUUGACUUGAUCAGCUGUGGCGCGCUGGACUGCUGCUCGAUCAUCUGCGUGGGGAACGAAUGCCAGAACGACGGCUGUUUUGCAGACGCUGACGUAUUGUUGGCUUAUGGUCUGUUGCACCAGCUGCAUCUGGUCGACAAAACCAUAUUGCUGGAAUUCCAGGAUCCUGAGCACAUGUGUUUGUUGCCCAACGACUACUCUGUUGGACAACGGGACAGCGAUCCGACCAUGGCCGCGACCGAGGACAUCACGGAUGCCGAUUGCACUUACACGUUUGAUCCCCACUUCGUUUCGGGGGAGGUGUUCCUUCCGCGCUUCAUGGGCACCCUCAUGGGGGGCGUUGUCCGCAGCAAGGGCACCGUCGAGCUGAUGCAGCGCCUCUGCAUGCCGUCCCUGCCGCACAUCGAGCAGACCGGCAACCCCGUCGCCGUGUGGCAGAUCCGCGUGCCGCGGGCGCUGCGGGGCCAGAGCUACGGCAGGCUGUUCGGCGAUCUCAUGGGCGAGGACAGACCAGCCCGCCGUGGCGCUCGGGCUCCGCCGGAGUCUGCGGGGCGGACACCAGGGCGUCUCGUGCGCGCCGUCCCGUGA